UAAGAUACCCAACCCAUGACCCGGCCACUCUUCUUCCUCUAGUUGACCCAACGGGAAAAAAAAAUCUCUAUCUCCCAAAUCAGAUUGCAAGCAUCGCAAACCCAAAAUUCAGAUCUUCCUCUAGCUUUCAUUGCCACCUCUCAAUCUCAGCCUUUCUCAUCCACUACCUCAGCCUCCGCCUCCAUUUGCACUCCUCAAUUAUGCGAUAAUCGAGGGAUACAGACUUUGCCCUGCUCGUCGCGACGCUGCGGAGGUUUUCAAUGGCAGAUUUGCUUCCCUCUGCUUCUCCGGUGGUGACUCAGUGGAAUCCGGUUGAGAGAUUGGGAGGCGGUGAGAUCUGAAGACGCUGUUGGGAGACUAAGAUCUGACGACUUUGGCGAGGACGUGUGGUCGUUGUUGCUUUGCAGAAGCCUUCUCUACUUCUCGUCUCCAACCUGCAUAAACAUGGCUGGAAGAGGCCAUCUAUCAGCCGUCCCCACCGUCAAGCUCUUUCCAAUCUCGAAUACCUUCGCCGAGACUUUGCCCUGCCCGCAAUCGACAACCCACCUUUUUCCAGUUCGAGAAGAUGGACCUUCUGAGAUCAAUGGAUUGUUCUUGGAUCCGACCAAGAUGAGCACAACCAGCAUCGUGCCAUUUGCACCCUCCUCUCGCCGAGAUGUCGUUCCUAGAUCCGGCCUGUAAAGUGAUUGAUUUCUAGGGAUUUUAAUUGUGUGAUUUUCUGGGUUCCUGAAACAGCGUGUACAUCUUCUACUCCUGCAACUUCUGGGGCUCCGAAAUCGAGCUUAUAUCCUCUAUAAUGUAUGCAUCUCCCUCCUACAUGCGUUAUUGAAGAGAGAUGGUAGUGGGUUUGUUGGUCUGGAGAGGUCGCGUGAGAUGGUGGUGGGCACCAGUCGAGUUCUAGGUAACGGCGGAGCUGGUGGAGGAGAACGAGAGAAUGGGUUUCAUUAAUUGGUGGGUUUAUUUACGUAGGUUUGGGUGGUUUAGUUGAUGGGUUUGAUUUGAAGUUUGGGUCUUAUGAUUUGGCAAAUUUAAUGACAUGGCAAAUGAUGUGGCAGACUGGAGUUUACUUUUUUGAAUUAAAGUUUAGUGACUCGG